CCGUGCGCCGUCCUCGCCGCGUCCCUCUCUGGCCCCGCACCGCGCUGCUGUGCAGCACCUCUCCAUCGCGUCUCAUCAUUAGACUACCGAAGGAGGGGCCGCUCGGAUGACGGUUCCGCGGAUGGGAGGAUUCGAGAGGCGGGACCAAAGUCUUCCCCGCUUCUCGGCGCUGGCGAGUCCGGGACUAGGGCUGGAGAGAUCGCCGGGGAGCAUCGUCACCACUCCUGCACGGAGCCUCGCCUGGCCGAAUACUGCACAGUGCACACGUCGGGAUUGCAAAACAUUCCUGAGAAAUAUACCUGCUAUUUAUGGCAUGUGGCUGGUAACUUUACUCCUCCUGUAUUCUUUUCAAGAAGUGCACAGCGAGGAUGUGGUCUCAACGCGGCUGUACUUUGUGAAUGCUUCCCUGCAGAGAGUGACCUUCUCCAGCUCAGUGGGGGUGUCCCUGCCCUGUCCUGCGGGUGGCGCCCCCCAUGCCGUCCUCCGCUGGUACCUUGCCACGGGUGACGACAUCUACGACGUGCCACACAUCCGCCACGUUCACGCCAAUGGCACGCUGCAGCUCUACCCCUUCUCCCCCUCUGCCUUCAACAGCUUCAUUCAUGAUAAUGACUACUUCUGCACUGCCGAGAACCAGGCCGGCAAGAUCCGCAGCCCUAGCAUCCGUGUCAAAGCAGUGUUCAGGGAACCCUACACGGUUCGCGUGGCGGACCAAAGGUCCAUGCGGGGCAACGUGGCCGUCUUCAAGUGCCUCAUCCCCUCUGCUGUGCAGGAGUAUGUCAGUGUGGUGUCCUGGGAGAAGGACACUGUCUCCAUCGUCCCAGGUAACAGGUUUUUCCUGACAUCGUAUGGGGCCCUCUACAUAUCUGAUGUUCAGAAAGAGGAUGCCCUCUCUACCUACCGCUGCAUCACUAAGCACAAAUACAGCGGAGAAACCAGGCAGAGCAAUGGAGCUCGUCUCUCCGUGCUAGACCCCACUGAAUCCACACCCUCUGUGAUGGACAGUUUCCAGUCAGGGGAGGUGCAGGUGGGCCGCAGCAUAGAGCUGCCCUGCAUUGCCUCUGGUUACCCCAACCCCACCAUUCGCUGGCUCAAAGAUGGGAGGCCAUUGCCCGCCGACUCCCGCUGGACGCGGCGACUGACCGGGCUUACAAUCAGCGACCUCCACCUGGAAGACUCGGGAAACUAUAUCUGUGAAGUCACCAACAGCUUUGGCUCCAAAGAGGUCACGGGACACCUGAACGUCAUCGAGCCUCUGAGAGUCACACUAUCCCCCAAGAACCUGAAAACAGGUAUCAGCAGCACAGUGAUCCUGUCAUGUGCCGUGCAGGGCUCACCCCACUUCACAGUCUCCUGGUUCCGCAACACAGAACCCAUUGUGCCUGACCAGCACUUCUCCAUCCAGGGGUCCCACAACGAGACCCUCUUCAUCACAGCAGCCCAGAAAAGACACUCAGGGGCGUAUCAGUGCUUCGCCACCCGCAAGGGUCAGACAGCCCAGGAUUUCUCCAUCAUACUUCUGGAGGACGGCACCCCACGGAUUGUCUCUUCCUUCAGCGAGCGCGUGGUAGCCCCUGGCGAGCCCUUCUCCCUCAUGUGCGCAGCCAAAGGCGCCCCACCACCCACCGUCACCUGGACGCUGGACGAUGAGCCGGUAGCGCGGGACUCGGCGCACCGGGCCAGCCAGUACACGCUCUCCGACGGUUCCACUGUCUCGCAUGUCAACGUCACCAACCCGCAGAUCCGCGACGGGGGCGUGUACCGCUGCGCCGCACGCAACUCGGCCGGUAGCGCCGAGUACCAAGCGCGCAUAAACGUAAGAGGUCCUCCCAGUAUCCGGGCCAUGCGGAACAUCACAGCCGUGGCCGGUCGCAACACCUUCAUUAACUGCCGUGUGAUUGGCUACCCCUAUUACUCCAUCAAGUGGUACAAAGAUGGGAUGCUGUUGCCAGACAAUCAUCGUCAGGUGGUGUAUGAGAACGGCACUCUGAAACUGAGCGAUGUGCAAAAGGGCAUGGAUGAGGGGGCCUAUCUGUGCAGUGUGCUAAUCCAACCCCAGCUCUCCAUCAGCCAGACUGUCCAUGUCACCGUGAAAGUUCCACCUCUCAUUCAGCCCUUUGACUUUCCUCCCACCUCCAUCGGUAAGCUGAUGUACAUUGCAUGUGUGGUGUCAUCGGGAGACAUGCCGAUCCGGAUAACCUGGCGGAAGGACGGGCAGGAGAUCGUGUCAGGAACGUCAGGUGUCACUAUCGAGACCAAGGAGUUCAUGAGCUCCCUUCAGAUCUCCAAAGUCUCGCUCAAACACAACGGGAACUACACCUGCAUUGCCAGCAAUGAUGCAGCCACUGUCAGUUCAGAGAGACAACUCAUAGUAACAGUUCCCCCUCGUUUUCGAGUUCAGCCCAAUAACCAGGAUGGGAUCUAUGGAAAGUCAGAGGUUCUGAACUGCUCUGUGGAAGGGUACCCUCCUCCCAAAGUCGUAUGGAAGCAUGCCAAAGGUAUAGGAAACCCUCAACAGUACCACCAAGUUCCACUGACGGGUCGCAUCCAGAUCUUGUCCAAUGGUUCACUGCUGAUCCGUCACGUCCUAGAGGAAGACAGAGGAUACUACUUGUGUCAGGCCAGCAAUGGAGUGGGCUCUGAUAUCAGCAAGAGCAUGAUGCUUACUGUUAAAAUUCCAGCCAUGAUCACAUCCCAUCCAAACACCACCAUGGCCAUAAAGGGGCAGAACAAGGAGUUAAAUUGCACGGCCCGGGGUGAGUACCCCAUCAUCAUCCGCUGGGAGAGGGGUGACACUGUUAUCGACCCUGACCGCAACCCUCGAUAUUCCAUCACCACCAGCCCCAACGAGAAAAGCGAUGAAGUUAUCUCCACACUGAAGCUGAAGCCAGCCGAGCGCGGGGACUCCGUCUUUUUCUCCUGCCACGCCAUCAACUCGUACGGCGAGGGCCGAGGGCUCAUCCAGUUGACAGUGCAAGAGCCCCCUGAUCCCCCAGAGCUGGAGGUGCGAGAGGUCAAAGAUCGCAGUAUGAACUUGAGGUGGACGCAACGGUUUGAUGGCAACAGUAUCAUCACAAGCUACGACAUAGAGUACAAGAACAAAUCCGACCCAUGGGAGCUGAAACACGCCACACGGAAGAUCUCUCCCACCAACAACCAGGCCAACAUUGUGGAGCUCCAUCCAGCUUCUGUGUACAGCAUCCGCAUGUACUCUUACAACAAGAUCGGACGCAGUCAAGCCAGCAAAGAGCUGACUAUCAGCACAGAGGAAGCACCUCCUGAUGGGCCACCUAUGGAAGUGAUUCUUCAGCCAAUGACCUCUCAGAGUAUCCGUGUGACUUGGAAGGCACCUAAGAAGGAGCUCCAGAACGGAGUGAUCCGUGGCUAUCAGAUCGGUUAUAGGGAGAAUGGGCCAGGCAGUAAUGGUCAGUACAGUAUAGUGGAGAUGAAAGCCACAGGUGACAGCGAAGUUUACACACUGGAUAACUUGAAGAAGUUUGCUCAGUACGGCGUGGUGGUCCAGGCAUUCAACAGGGCCGGAACCGGACCUUCCAGUUCUGAGAUCAAUGCCACCACACUUGAAGAUGUUCCCAGUCAGCCUCCCCAGAAUGUGCGUGCUAUUACUGUGACAUCAGACGAGGCGGUGAUUACGUGGUCGGAGCCCCCUCGGAUGACCCUGAAUGGGGUUCUUAAGGGCUACCGUGUGGUGUUCUGGUCCCUCUACCCCGAUGGAGAAUGGGGAGAGAUGCAGAACAUCACCACCACUCGUGAGCAGGUGGAGCUGAAGGGUUUGGAGAAGUUUACAAACUACAGCAUUCAGGUGCUGGCCUACACACAGGCAGGGGACGGUGUCCGCAGCAAUGUUCUCUACAUACAGACCCGAGAAGACCACCCUGGUCCUCCAGCGGGCAUCAAAGCCGUGCCAUCUUCUGCCAGCAGCGUAGUGGUAUCCUGGCUUCCCCCUGUCAAGCCCAAUGGUAUCAUCCGCAAAUACACAAUCUACUGCUCCAGCCCUGGAUCGGGCCAACCGGCACCCAGCGAAUAUGAAGCCAACCCUGAACUGUUGAUAUAUCGAAUCACCCACCUGACCCGGGGUCAGCAGUACCUGAUCUGGGCAGCCGCCGUCACUACUGCCGGUCGAGGCAACAUCAGCGAGAAGGUCACCGUUGAGCCUGCUGGCAAAGCUCCUGCUAAAAUCCUGUCUUUCGGUGGAACGGUGACCACCCCGUGGAUGAAGGAAGUGCGGCUGCCAUGCAGCUCGGUGGGCGAGCCAACACCCACCAUUAAAUGGACCAAAGACAGUGAGGACACCACCAUCCCGGUCACUCAAGAUGGUCACCGUAACAUCCUUUCAAACGGAACCCUGGUGCUGCGCUCCGUUAAAGCCGAGGAUUCAGGGUACUACACCUGCACAGCCACCAACACGCUGGGGUUUGACACAAUCAUCGUAAACUUGCUGGUGCAAGUCCCUCCAGAUCAACCCCGUUUGACCGUGUCCACCACCUCAACUUCCUCUAUCACUCUGGCCUGGAUCCCUGGAGACAACGGUGGAAGCUCCAUCAGAGGUUUUGUGUUGCAGUAUUCAGUGGAUAACACUGAGGAGUGGAAAGAUGUCUUCAUCAGCUCCAGCGAGCGCUCCUUCAAGUUGGACAACCUGCGCUGUGGCACCUGGUACAAAGUCAAACUGGCAGCCAAAAACAGUGUGGGUGCCGGCCGCAUCAGCGAGAUCAUUGAGGCUAAGACCCACGGCAGAGAGCCUCAGUUCAAUAAGGACCAGCCACUCUUUACUCACAUCAACUCCACCCAUGCCCGACUUAACCUGCAGGGCUGGACAAGCGGCGGCUGCCCAAUCACGGCUGUCCUUCUUGAGUUCCGUCCCAAAGGCACCUGGGCCUGGCAGAGCGUGCGCACCAAUGCUUCAGCUGACAUUUUCCUUGCCGAGCUACGUGAGGCCACCUGGUACGAGCUCAAGAUGAAGGCAUGCAACAGCGCAGGCUGCGGCAACCAGAGCUCCCAGUUCGCCACGCUUGAUUAUGAUGGCAGCACUAUUCCUCCCAUUAAGUCAGCACGAGGGGAAGGGGACGAUGUUAAAAAGCUCUUCUCCAUCGGCUGUCCUGUCAUCCUGGUCACAAUGGGCAUGGCUCUGCUCUUCAUUAUCCGAAAGAAACGCAAAGAAAAGCGACUCAAGAGACUCAGAGAUGCUAAGAGUUUGGCUGAGAUGCUUAUCAGCAGUAAGAACAAUCGAAGUUUUGACACUCCAGUGAAAGGCCCACCUCAGGGACCCCGACUGCACAUAGAUAUCCCCCGCGUACAACUCCUCAUCGAGGACAAGGAGGGAAUCAAACAGAUAGGUGAAGACAAGGCCACCAUCCCUGUCACGGACACGGAAUUCAGCCAAUCAGUGAAUCCUCAGAGCUUCUGUACGGGUGUGUCUGUGCAUCACCCCGCCCUCAUCCAGAACACAGGCCCUUUGAUUGACAUGUCCGACAUCAGACCAGGAACCAAUCCAGUAUCGAGGAAAAGCGUUAAAUCAGUACACAGCACAAGGAACCGCUACUCCAGCCAGUGGACACUGACUAAAUGCCAGGCAUCUACACCCGCUCGCACACUCACCUCAGACUGGCGGACAGUGGGCUCCCAGCAUGGCAUCACGGUCACAGAGAGUGACAGCUACAGUGCCAGCUUGUCCCAGGACACAGAUAAAGGACGUAACAGCAUGGUGUCCACUGAGAGCGCAUCCUCCACAUAUGAGGAGUUGGCCCGAGCAUACGAACAUGCAAAGCUGGAGGAGCAUCUACAGCAUGCCAAGUUUGAGAUCACAGAGUGCUUCAUCUCCGACAGCUCUUCUGAUCAGAUGACCACUGGAACUAAUGAUAAUGCGGACAGCAUGACAUCUAUGAGCACGCCGUCCGAACCGGGCAUCUGCCGCUUCACCGCCUCCCCACCCAAACCACAGGACUAUGACCGCGGCAAGAACGUGGCAGUGCCCAUUCCUCACCGCGCCAACAAGAGUGAGUACUGUAACCUUCCCCUUUACAUGAAGACGGACCCUUUCUUCCGGAAGCAGGCGGAGGUCCAUGACCCCUGCCCUGUUGUCCCGCCCCGUGAGGCGUCCAUCCGGAGCCUCGCCGCCCGGGCCUACCACACUCAGGGCCGCCACAUGACAUUAGACCCCUCCAAGCAGCAGGCCCUGACGCUGGGCCACGGCGGCCUGAGUAGCCUGACCAGCUCAGGGGCCUCUGGUACAUCAGGCCCAGCCUCAAGCGGGGCCGCUGGGAGCUCCAGCAUCAGCUCAGGAACGGCCACCCUGCCCCAGAGGACUCUCACCAUGCCCAGCACCUCCUCAGCUCUGAGCGGGGCGGCCGCUGUUGGAGCAGCCACCAGUGGGAGCUCCUUAGGUGGCAGCGGCCUGACGCCCGGGAGCUCGAAGGUCGGGGGAUCCAGAGACUCUCUGCUAGAGAGCAGCUCGUCCGGCCUGGGCAGACUGCAAAAGCAGAAUGCUGGGGCGUACUCCAAAUCCUACACACUGGUGUAGCUCCCACACACACAUAUAGAACGUUAACAUACACACCUGGAGUUUGUCUGUCGCAGGGCAGGGGCGGAACUGAGCAAUGGUGGGACUUGAACAGCACAGGGGUUUCUCUCUUUUUCACCUUUCUCUCUCCAUUUGCUUUUCUUCUUUUCUUCUUCACGUUCUACAUUUAUAUUUAUGCAUUUGGCAGACGCUUCAAUCCACAGUGACUUACAGUGCAUUCAACGUCUACAUUUUAUCAGUUUGUGUGUUCCCUGGGAAUUAAACCCAUGACCGUGGCGUUGCUAGCGCCACGCUCUACCAGCUGAGCUACAGGAAUCCUGUUAUAUUGCUGUUGUUCUAUCUCAAGCCUUCUUCCUGGAUUAAAUAUGCCAAAACCCAGGACCUUUUUCCUCUAUUUUGCCUUCUUAUUUUGUCUUUUUUUUUUUUUUUAUCAUUACUUUGCUUUUCUCUUCUUUUAUUCCUCUCUCUCUCUCCUCUCUGACUUCUCUCUCUCUCUCUGUCACCUGGACCUUAUGCACGAAAUGCUUUCCAUGUGCAUUUGUUCAUUUGAUUUCUUGAAUUCUGAAAAUAGGACAAAAAAGCGGUUUUAAGAGAUAUAUGGUUUCACAUUAGCCUGUCUAGAUGUUUUUCAGGCUGUCGAAAGUGUCUCUUUUAAUGUAUCUCGCAUAACUUUGUACUGUAACGCAUUGCCUCGGAAAGCUUAUGCAUUAACAAAUCAACCACGGUGUCCACCUUUCGCCCCGACCUGUUCCACAUCAGAAAAACAGCUCGAAGACGACAGUCUUGACCGCCUGAAUCGAGUCUUUGGGAUUUUUUUCAUGCAAUUGAUGACGCAGUAUAAAGUGUUAAUGACUGUUUUGUAAACAAACAAGAAAAAGUGACAAAAAAAGAUGUCUGGAGCCAUUUUCACAGAGGAUGUAUGGUUACUGUACUUUUAGGUUUGUUCGUUUGGUUUUCUAUUUUAAAAUUUUUGAAUUGAAGCACUAAUGAGGGCCAGGUGGAUCCACUAAGCUUUCUCAAGCUUGUUUGUAUGUGUGGUGUGUGUAUGUGUGUGUGCAUGUAUAUGUGUAAAUAUAUAUGUAUACAUGUGGCCAGCACACACCUUUAAGGGUCAUCUCAAUCAGGCCUGCGCAAUUGGGCUCUCGACAUCGUGUAUCUCCAUGGAGCCGGAGGAGUGCCGCCAACUGUCUAGAGUCCAGCUGAAAAGGUGGGGGGGAUGGAGAGAGUAUGUAAAGGGUAGACAAAUCUACCUUUUCUCUUCACAAUUCCCUGUAAUAUGAAAGAAAGGCUCUUGUUUUUGCUGUUUGUUCAUUUGUUUGUGUUUGAUGCCAUUUACUUAUCACCCAUCCUCCCCCACCCCAGACUUCCCCCAAAACAUUACCACUUCCUCUGUCUCACUGUGAACGCCGAACAGCCUCUCCUGAAUGGACAGGGUGCAGGCAGAAAGGCGGGAAGAGGAUGAGAGGUAGGGAGUAAGUAGAGGCAGAUAGAGACGAGGGCCCGUGAACCGAAAAGGAGAAAUAUCUGCCGUCGCUUUAUAGCUUUUCUGUGUUUGUUAAAUCGUUUCUCGUUAUUCUUUGCUUUCCUUCCCCAAACGAAGACUCUAGUGGCCGUUCCUAUUCAAAGGUCUAAGAGACUUUAGCUUUAGGUAGCGCAGGGGUGGAUAAAGGAGGGAAUGAGUGAAAUGUGGGAGGGAAAAAUGAGAGAAUGAGGAAAAGAUAUUUAAUUCAACCCCUGAACAAAUCAAACAGCCUCUCCCCCUCCUUCAUUCACUCAGCUUCCAAAGCAAAGCCCCCUUCACAGAGAAACUUCCAAAAAUCAACAAACUCUCCCAAUGAUUUCAAUGGAAAAAUAAGUAUUACAUCAGGGCUCCUGCAAUACAAAAGAAAAGAAAAUAUAUUGCAAUGUUUGUUGUCAAAAUAUAUACAUAUAUAUUUCUAUCUAAAGAUAUAGUAAAUAUAUACAUGGUGAAAGCAGAGAUUUAAUGCCAUAUCUAAUUGAGAAAGAACAUUUUAUUUAAAAAAAAAAAAGAUUUGAAGACAAUCGCUCAGUGGGAAGUGCAGCAGUAAGCCAGAGGAGGUGUUGAUCACGAAACGGUGAGAUAAACGGGUAACAAAACCAAGAGAGAUUGAAAAAGAACAGCAGAGGUUGUGUUUUGACAAGGUGGGAGUUAGGUUGGGCAGUAGUCAUGUUGAAAUGAACUAUGAAAUUCAAUGGCCCUGUCUGAAAUGUGGUUGUCCACACUUAUUGCAGGCAUUUUUGCAUUUAGCAGAUGCUUAUUCAUUGUUUCUGAGAAGUAAACAAGUAAACGUGGUAGACGAUCAUUUUUGACUGUUGCAACGUGCUUCAAAGUUUUUGCAGCGGCACGUUUUUUUAGACGUAGUGUCAAGUUAAAACUAGUCUCGAAACACCUGCAAUCUGUUCUAUUCAAUGUGCUGCUGAUGUGUUGUCAUUUUUUAGCACAAGGACAUGUUUGCUCUGAACAGCCCGUUGCAGUGCAUUUGUACUAGGGAUGUCGAUUUAACAUGUUAUUUUAGUGUGAUUAAUUGUUUGAAAAAUAACAUUAAAUAACUUAAUGCAAUUAAUUCCCCACUGACCAUGCAUACAUUUUGUAACAAGAAAUGUUCCUACCAAUGGAGCAACACAAGAUUGAAGUAGCAGUCAGCAGGGGGCAGUCAGUGCAAUUCCAGCCAUACAGGCAAUGUGCAGUUGUACAGGCAAAAAAAGACACUUAUCGAAAGCAAGCAGCACAAAAUAAAGGAGAAUAAAGAAGCCUUACAUCAGGACACAUUCUUGUGUUCAAAUGCAGUGGGAGCACAAAAGAUUGCAGGGGUAUCGAGAUGCUUUUUACAAAGUUUCAUGCUACAUUUAACUUGGCACAACUACUUAAAAAUGUGACGUUUUUUGUAUGUGAUGGUGGAAAUCAAUAAAACGUGAUGCAAAAACCAAGAAAGAUUGAAGAGAGAUGGGCUAUGCAGAGUGCAAGUCUGCAAGACAUCAAGUACACCAAGUGCGUCAUUUGGGACAAGGCCAUUGAUAUAGUCGCCCCUAGCUAACUUCCUGUUACCAUUAUAAUCAGCCAUGCUGUACAGUGUAACAUGCCUGUAUUGCAUUAUCCGUUGAGUUCCAACAGUAUGAAAGACAGUUGCGAGAUAUAUAUGGACAUUUCCAAACACACUCUCUACAGUUGCUUGGAAACAAUGGAAAUUUUCCACUGCGAAUCCAGCUUGUAGAUGUCCGAAUCCAUUUAAAGUAUGCACCAUCUCUACUGCCAAAUGAGUAGUUUAAAAUACCCUUAGUGCUUUGAGAGCUUUUCUUCAGGCCCUUAAAUGGAUAGUUCACCAAAAAAUUUAAAUUAUUUCAUUUACUCACCCUUAUGUUGAUCCAAACCUGUAUGGAAUGCAAAAAGAUUGGCGGUAUAGCCUCAUUCAUCAUUCACUUUGAUUGCAUCUAUUUUCCAUACAAUGAAAGUGAAUAGUGACUAAUAUUAUGUUCUUUUUUCUUUUCUUUUUUUUUUUUUAUUUUGUUUUUUAUUUUUCAUGGAAGGAAAGUCAUAUGGGUUUGGUUAAACAUAAAGGUGAGUAAAUAAUGACCAAAUUUUUAUUUUGCCAUGAACUAUUCCUUUAAAGUAAGAUCUCUUCUGUAACUUUGAGCAUCCAAGCUUUCAGCACUUCUGAUAAGUCAGAUUUUAUAUAUCAAGGGAAAGUUCAGAUUCAUUUAUGUACCAGGUAUUUAUUGGUUACUUAUAACACCCAACCCCUACAAACUUCAGUACAGGAUAUAGCACACAUUUAUAGUUUUUUUUUCAGCAGGAUUCAGUUAUAUGCAGCCACCUGAGCAUAUGCCAUGGUAGCAUGAUUGGAAUCAACAGAUACCUCAAAGGUACAGAAAAGGGCCAUGUUGUGUUGGGUUUAAAAUUGAGCUGAUUGAAUGACAUUAUAUCUUGAAUAUGUUUGUGGCAUAUGAAGAAAACCUGUUUGACUUACUAAGAGAUGUUUUAUUGGUGGCUUUAUUAAUUAGGAUUGCGUUACAGUGUAUCCAAAGUUUGUGUAAGAUAAAUUAAUUUGAAAACCCAGAACUAACCCAGCUGAAACAGAAUGUGGACUUUCUAAAGUGUUUUAAAAACAGUGAAAGAAGUGUGUGUUCCUCUUAUUGCUGCUCAAAUGCCUACUGACUGGGUUAUUGUGUCCGUCUCAUGGCAGACUUGCCCAGUGCAUUUUGCCAUAAACAUUUUUCAUUAGAUUUAGGCCAAUAUCUAUAUCAGUAUUCAGUAUCCAUGCCUUUUCAGGUGAAACAUUUAGUGAAAUAUUCCCUAAACCACCACAGAAAGCCCCGACAUCCCUCAUGUUUUUCAUAUUUAAAGGACCGUUGCUGACUUAAAGGAAAUUACAUUUUUUUGUUGCAUUAUUUAUAAAAAAUAGAUGUAUCCAACUUAGUUUUUGUUUUGUUAUAUGAUGUUUUAUGUAAAAAAAAUAAAAUUUUAAAAUGCAGUUGUGUUGCGCAACGGGGCAGGCCUGUUUAGCCAGUUGAAUCAGGGACCCCCAAGCUCCAACUAAUCACAGGAGAAGCUGUGUGAAUAUUGGGCAGAGUCAGGAAUAAAACUCCACCCUCACAUGCCUAUUUCCCCACCUAAAUGAUCCAACUAGCCCCUUUUUCUUAACAAAUAAAAAUGUCCUGCUAUACCCAAUACAUCCCUGUCAGCAUAAUUUCUAAUCUGCAAAUAAAUACUCUUGUAUAUACGAAACUGUUUUGUAUAAAUAAUUACUAUUUUCGACAUCUCCGUUAGCAACCAGGGCACAGUUAUGUCUGGUUAAAGGUAUAACUUUAAAUGUGAGGGGAUUAAAAAGCCAAAAAAAAUAUUAAAAUCUAACAAAAAAUACUUUACACCUUGAUUUUUGAAUGGGGCAUAGAAACCCAGACUGAAAAGAUGUCUGGCAUUUGUUUUAUUUUCUCCUUUUUUAUAUAAUUUGUUUUAUGUUUUUACUCAUUUAUGUUGUUGGCUGUUUUGUUUGUUUUUACUUUGCUUUUGUUUCUACCUUUUGGUUAACUUGAAGAAAAAUGGCAUUGCAUGCUCUGAAUAUUUUGCUGGUUAUUAAAAGAAUAAGGAAAAGGAGACAAAUAUCUAAAAGGGGGAAAAAAGUUUAAAAUAUGCGGAGGGGGAUUCCUAAACUUUUAUGGAAAAAGUUGCUUCAAUUUGCAAUUGCUUGUGUUUAAAUAUACAGUUUUUUUUUCUAUGAAAACAAAACAAAAACUGAAAAAGAGUACUCCAACACCUUGUGCAAUAAAAGCUAUCUUUCUAUGAA